UUAAUAUCGGUAGGAAGUAACAAGAGACUCUCUGUAAACACAGCAUAGGCUCCAUUCCAUGGAUGGGACAACAAAGAUUUUUAAUAAUUAAUAGAUUCAACUCCUCAUUAUUCUAGAAACCCAAACUCUUCAUAGUACUUAGUCCAAAAAUGAAAUAAGCUAAGAUAUUCUUCACGCGAACAAGGACUGCCGAUGGAAAAGCGUCUGCGAUGGACCUCGGAAGGCUGAGCGUCGCGUUUCUGUGGUGGCGCUUCGAGCAACGCCAGCGAGAUCCAAGGUCGGGUCUUAGGGUUGGGGCUCCGGUCUUCGGCGGUUUGGGCCCGUCUGUGGGUCUGAAUCCUGAACAAAAAAAAAAAAAAAACUCUUCACUCUUGGAGUGUCACGUGUACAGCACGUGUCGCAUGAUGAUUAUAUCCCUGUGCGUGUAUAAAAGCCCCUUGAUUUAGCGAGGCCCACAAAAUAAAGAAGAGGAAGAAAAGCUACUUGUCAUCGAAGAAAACGAGUAUUCGUUCACUCAAAUCCCCGUAACCGAAACCACAGAUCUGACACCGAUGGCGCUCGAGUGGGUUGUGCUAGGCUACGCUGCUGCCGCAGAGGCAAUCAUGGUCCUCCUCCUUACCAUCCCCGGCCUCGACGGCCUCCGCAGGGGUCUCAUCGCCGUCACCCGCAACCUCCUCAAACCGUUCCUCUCCGUGGUUCCGUUCUGCCUCUUCCUGUUAAUGGACAUUUACUGGAAGUACGAGACAAGGCCUUCCUGCGAGGGAGAUUCGUGCACUCCCACGGAGCACCUCCGCCACCAGAAGUCCAUCAUGAAGAGUCAGCGCAACGCCCUCCUCAUCGCCUCCGCGCUCCUCUUCUACUGGCUUCUCUAUUCCGUCACCAACCUCGUCGUCAAGAUCGAGCAGUUGAACCAGCGCGUUGAGCGCUUGAAGAAUCGCGAUUGAGCUUCUCUCUUUUUCCCUAGGUUUUCCCCGAUCCCUACUUAUAAUUUUGUCUCUGUCUCUUUCAGUUUUCGGUUCCAGCUAUAUAAUUGAACCUUUUUUUUUUCCUUUUUUUUUUCCGUCGUCGUCGAUGUUGUUGAAGUGUGCUACUGCUAGGAACAAGUUGUAUCCGUUCUUUUUAGUUAAAAGAAAUUGAGGGUUAUUGAGUCAAUGUUGAGUUUACACGACGUGAUUCAGAAGUCAUAAUUAUAGGGUUCCAUUUUGGGAUUCUUGCAUUUUCAAUCUAUUAUUGUGUAUUGUAUUGUUUGGGGAACAUUUCUAUUCGAGGGGGACAAGUCACGCAGUAAUUGGUACCUAUAUCUCUGUACAUCAUAGAUUUGGAAACUUGAUUUUGCGUGAUUACGGAAGUGCUUGCUUAACGGGAUGUAGUUGCUGCAAUGGAAUGUUAGUUUAGGAAGAUGGCUUGCUAAUGUUGUGCCUAGUCUGUGAUAGUAUCUCGUGAUUCUGGUGUUGGUUAUAGGUGCUGAUGAGAUCAACAUUUUUUAAAACUCUCUGGGCGGGGAUUGCAGAUAAUUUAUUAGUACUUUGUUGGGAGUUAUUGAUGUUUCCCAAUUUAAUAUUUAGAGAUUCCAAGCUCAUUUGAAUGCUUCAUGCUUCAUGCUUCAUGAACUUGAACCUUCCUCAGUUCCCCAGUCCCCAAGAAUAGAUAGUGUUAGUAUGAUCAUUGCGUGACCGAGUACACAACAGGUUUUACUUUUCACGUUUCGAUUAUGUUUGCUAAUGCCUAACUGUUAUUACACUUAAUUGGUUAAGUCUGUCUCCUGGAGCUCUGGUUAUGUUCCAUGCUUGUUGGAGGCGUCUUUUGUAGCACAUUGUUAGACAAGUUGGUUAUGAUUCAUGAACCUCUCUUAAGCAGUUUCUCCUCCUGCUAAAUUUCUCAUCUUGUUAAUCUUGCCUCAUCUUGGAUUAUGCUAGCGACUAGCGUAAUUAAUUAUAAUACCUAUCAUGUAAUAUUUUUACUUUUAAGUACCUCCACAAUGCACGUAUUCCUGCUGUUCGAAGGGAUUUUUAAGGUUUUGCUGGCCUCAUAGAUGAGGCAUAUAUAUCCGUCUAUCAAACUGGAGGGAAAAAAAAGACUAAUCGGACGUUUUCAUGGGAAAACAGAAAACUAGUAUAUGAAUCGGGGGAAGUUACAUUAUAUAUGAAGUACUCUCUUUUAUUAGAUA